ACGAAAUGUCAAACCGUCAAACGAACGACAGCAGCAAAGAGAAAGAAAGCCACUUUUGCGUUCGUUCCUCAAAUUAAAAUUAUAGUUCUUGUACGAAGUUUUUUGCUUUUUAUCUUUGAAUUGCAAGGAAUAUGUUUACUAAAGUGUGAUUGGAUUAGUGCUCCGACAGAUCGUCACUCGCCCAACACGUAGGACUGGUUUCCUAUCAGGAGAACUCGUCACCAAUCGAACGCAGUAAAAUCUGACACAAUGACAAGCAUGGAACACGAAGCGAUCAAACUCCCUGGCCCGAGUCCACAGGAUCUGGAGCUGGAGGAGGGCGAGGUAACAGACGACAGUGAGGAGGGAUACACCCCACUGCAGCGGCCAGAAUUGCCCAAAACGGAAUUCGCCGGCGGAGCAAGUGUCAGUCAGCCGCGGACGGCAAUGGAAAUACUGUCGGACCAGGACGAUCUGAACGAUGAGUCGGAGGCCAGCUCCGAUGACAGUGAUGAUGACACAGCCUUCGGGAAGCGAAAAACUAAGAAGCUAAGGAUAAGGCCUCCACUGGAGAAGAUCCAACAGCCACAGACAAGCCAAUCGUUGCCGAGUAAGUACAAUAUAUGGACGGAGAGCAUACAGGAGGACACACUGAUGGAGACUAUGCGGGGCUGUGAUGUCACACUGAACGGCAUGCGGAACAGAGACGUUGAAUCGUAUGAUUAUAACUUGAAGUACAGACUGAACGGGGGUAAUGCCUUUCACAGGGCAAUGAAAAGGCGGCAAUCAUAUUCAGACGAUUCCGAUGGAUAUGGUGGAGGAAAAAGGUUCCGAUCAACUUCGCUGGGAAAUGCCUGCAUUAGGGAGCGGAAGAGCGUUAAGCUACGACUCGGGAAGCAAAACAGUAGCGACAGUAAUAGUAACGAUAGCUUCCAGAAUGCACCAAGGUUUGCUUACAGACACAUUCAAGAUCUAAAUGUGAGGGAUGAUUGCGAUUACGGAACAUUCGCCGUAGAACUGGCUAAUAAACUCUGUGAGGAGAAGGACGAGCUGAUGUUGAGGGUAGUCAAUGUACUUGGAAAGGAAAUUCCAGCGAAAUUAUUUAAAGAGACGCAGAAAAUUGAAGCUGAUGGAGGGAUGCUUAUAAUGAAUGGCGCUCGACGUCGAACACCCGGCGGAGUGUUUCUGUUUCUUCUCAAACACAACGAAGAAAUUGACAAAGACGACAAGAAGGCGAUCUUCCUGGAAGAGAAAAAAGCUGCCAUCAAGGAACGCAAAACCUCCCAGGCGGUUAAUCGCGAGAAGAAGGUCGAGGAAUUGAAGAAAACUCUGAAUCGACAAGCAGCCGAUAAUGAACUGCCAACGCGGAGCGAUUUGAUGCUGUCUCAUCUAAAACCCGAAACACACAGCACCUUAUCCAAUCCGCCCCCUUCGCCGGUGGGUGACGAGAUUCGAGAGGGAAGUCCAGAUUUUCAUCCGGAAAAUGUACAUGUUAAUAUGACCAGCCCGGAGAAAGAUGCUCACACAGAGUGCAAGGUGCACGAGGCAGUACCGGAGAGUUCGAGGCAGCCAGCAGCCCAGCCACCGCUGUUGCAUUACGAGGAUGACUUCCUCGAUAUGACGUGCGACGAUAUGGAUAUGUUUUAGCGUCCCAACAAGACCCAACGUUGGGUCGCUCCCACUGUUAUGAUAGCGCUCGAGUAAUAAUCAAUAACAAAACGUGAACACUUUUUUGUAUAGACCGACGGGGAUUUGUUAUAUAAAAUACUUCGGGGAUAGGAGCAACCCCUGGUUUCGGUGCGGAAUUUUCCUGCAUCCCGGGAACGAUGAUCGAGUGAGAGUAAGAUAGAAAGAGAGAAACGAGCAUGAAUGAGACGCGUUACACUACACUAGGAUAACGACGACUAGUGAAAGCGAUACAAUAAACAAUAAACAUUGUUUAGUUUGCAGGAAAUAUAUUUAAUUUUUCUAAAAUCAAACGCGCAA